GUUCUCCACAGUGAUACAACUCACUGAGGAGUAGAAACAGUGCUGGACUCUCCUGAAAACAUCGUCGCCAGAUGAGGCCAAGCUAAAGGCGCUCUGCUCUGAACCUGCUCCUGAAGACUUCCUCUCGUCUCUUCUUUCUCCGUCUUUCGGCUCUCUUUCUCUCUCUCUCCAGACUCCUCCGCCAUGCCUCCUCAGCUCCAGUCCCAGAACCAGAGCGGGCCCAGGAUCCUGCAGGGCGAUCUCAGUGCCCUCAGUCCGGCCGUUAAGGAGUUUGUGGAUGCCAACGUGAGCCUGUGUCAGCCAGACUCCCUCCACAUCUGUGACGGCUCGGAGGAGGAGAACCGUGCCAUCCUCACCCAGCUGGAGGAGCAAGGGAUGAUCAAGAAGCUCAGCAAAUAUGAGAACUGCUGGUUGGCCAGGACCGACCCGAGGGACGUGGCUCGCGUGGAGAGCAAGACUGUGAUCGUGACCCAGGACCAGAGGGACACGGUGCCCACACCUCUGGGCGGCGGGGUCAGCCAACUGGGACGCUGGAUGUCCCCGGAGGAGUUCGAUAAAGCCAUGGCUCAGAGGUUCCCCGGCUGCAUGAAAGGUCGCACCAUGUAUGUGAUCCCCUUCAGCAUGGGUCCGGUAGGGUCCCCCCUCUCUAAGAUCGGGGUGGAGCUGACGGACUCUCCCUACGUGGUGGCCAGCAUGAGGGUGAUGACCCGCAUGGGGAAGGCCGUGCUGUCCGCUCUGGGGACUGGCGAGUUCGUCCGCUGCCUGCACUCCGUCGGCUGUCCUCUGCCGCUCAAGAAGCCCUUGGUGAACAACUGGCCCUGUAACCCCGACCAGACGUUAAUCGCCCACAUCCCAGACCGCAGGCAGAUCAUCUCAUUCGGUAGCGGUUAUGGAGGAAACUCCCUGCUGGGGAAGAAGUGCUUUGCCCUCCGCAUUGCCUCACGUAUAGCCAAGGAGGAGGGCUGGCUGGCAGAGCACAUGCUGAUCCUGGGCGUCACCAACCCUGCUGGGGAGAAGAAGUACAUGGCAGCCGCCUUCCCCAGCGCCUGCGGGAAGACGAAUCUGGCCAUGCUCUGCCCCACGCUGCCGGGCUGGAAGGUCGAGUGUGUGGGAGACGAUAUCGCCUGGAUGAAGUUCGAUGAUCAAGGCAAUCUACGUGCCAUCAACCCUGAGAACGGCUUUUUCGGAGUUGCGCCCGGCACCUCAGCCAAAACCAACCCCAACGCCAUGGAGACCAUCAUCAAAAACACUCUUUUCACCAAUGUGGCUGAAACCAGCGAUGGCGGCGUGUACUGGGAAGGAAUGGACCAAUCACUGCCAGAGGGAGUCACCGUCACUUCCUGGAAGAACAAACCCUGGAGCUCAGAGGAUGGUGAACCCUCGGCUCACCCCAACUCCCGUUUCUGCACUCCGGCCGGUCAGUGUCCCAUCAUCGACCCACUGUGGGAAUCCUCGGAGGGAGUGCCGAUUGAGGCCAUCAUCUUCGGAGGGCGCAGGCCAGAAGGUGUCCCUCUGGUUUACGAAGCUUUCAGCUGGCAGCACGGAGUGUUUGUUGGAGCAGCCAUGAGGUCAGAGGCCACCGCUGCAGCUGAGCACAAAGGCAAGGUGAUCAUGCACGACCCCUUCGCCAUGCGUCCCUUCUUCGGCUACAACUUUGGACAGUACCUGUCUCACUGGCUGAGCAUGGCCGACCGCCCCGGCGCCAAGCUCCCCAAGAUCUUCCACGUCAACUGGUUCCGCAAGAGCCCCACCGCCGGAUUCCUGUGGCCCGGUUUCGGCGACAACAUCCGGGUGCUGGACUGGAUGUUCAGGCGGGUGAACGGCGAGGCUGGCGCCAUGCCCUCUGCCGUGGGCUACCUGCCCUGCUGUAACUCCCUGAACCUCCAGGGCCUGCAGGAGGACGUGGACCUCAAUGAGCUGUUCUCCCUGGAUCAGGAGUUCUGGCAGAGGGAGGUGGAGGAGGUGAGGAAGUACUUCACCACGCAGGUGAACGACGACCUGCCGAACGAGAUGGCCCGGCAGCUGGAGCUCCUGCAGCAGAGAGUGAAGCAGAUGUAAAGGAAGGAAAAGGAAGGAAAGGAAAGCAUGUUAGCGACUCUGAAGGAGGAUGGUGGUGAUACUAGAACAGCUUGUGUGUAAUUCUAGAACUGAAUUUUAGUAAUUCUAGAGAAACAUAUCAGAAAUUCUAGACCAGAGAUUUAGUAAUUUUUGCAACACCAUGUUGGAAAUUGUCACUGUUGUACUGAGGAACUCUGAUUUUUAAAAAAUUCUCUUCUUUGAGGUGGAACCUUCAUGACAGAGGAUCAAUUCUCCGCUGAUUAUUACUUUUACUGCUGUGUUUCCUUUUCUCACUAGAAAUCCUCCCCCUUUUUUCAAAUAAUUAUUCUGAAAAAGCUUCUUUUAAAGUCCGCCUGGGAUGUUGAGACAACAUUCCUCGCCGUGCUCGUCGUCAGUACGACAGCCAGGUGAUGCCAGUCUGGACUGAUGGUUUCAACAGGAAAUGUUUCCUGUCCAUCCAGUCACAUGUCGUCAUUGUUGUUCCAAUGUAUUGUCCGACUGUUUGUCUGAAUUCCACUAUUUAAUAAUAACUUAUUAUGAACGCACAUCAUUUCCAUUUGUAUGGCGCAGAAAGAGUAAAUGAGUCCAGAGAUGUUUGACCCUCGAGCAUGAGGGAAGUGUAUGUUUUCUGUUCCGAUUGUUAUUUUUUUGCCUUAAUUUAUUUUUGUACACUGUUGUCUGUUGGUAUCUCUGAACCCUGUUUUGUCAUAAUCUUGAGCCCCCGAAGAGGGGAGACAAUAAUAAAGGUAUUUAAAGUUA